AUAACUAACGAAGAUGCCUUUCAGGCAGUGAGUGCUUCCCUACCAACUUGGGAUAACGUUUUACGAUGGUCCCGCCGCGAGCCAUACCUAGUGGACAGAGUGAAAGGUGGCUAUCCACGCUUCUACAUCCACAAGACUAUCCAAAAGCUUAGCCAAGGAGUGUUGUUGCGACUGAAAGUUGCCGAUGCGAACUGUAUGAUCUUUCCCUCUGUCGCAAGUGCGUCACGAUGCAAGCAAUUCUUGGAUGGGAAAGCAUCGCCAGCGCAUAUUCAAACCAUCUCAUUCCGCAAGGCCAACUCGUCACCAGAAGGUCAAUUAAGCGAGCAAGCAAAAUGGGCCGGUUUCGAAGUGGUCAUUUACCCUGGUGAUCUGCAAACCGAGGCAAUGGCCUUCUGGCGACAAAGUGGUGAUGGAAUUUCCAGUCGACAUGCAGAAUACGCCUUGUCACAGCUCGACCGCUUAGAAGCAGCAGAGGACAGCAUCAUCUAUCACACUCCACACCCCAAAUCUGUGGAACGGCUAUGCACCGCAGCCAGAGUGAAUUCCAGUACAGAAGAGAUGAUGUUCAUCCGUUCAUUCAUCGCGGAGCUCGCUACUUCACAAAGGUGCGGCAAGCCGACGGCCCAUGAUGUCUUUCUCUUCCCCAAAGGGCUGAGCGCCAUAUACGCGGUCUCCAGGGCGCUGAGAUCAAUGAGCCUAUGCGGGCAAGACUCUAUUGUUGUUUACGGCUUUCCCUACUCAGAAACCGUUAAAUGUAUCGAGCUCAGCGGGUGGUCGAAGUUCACUCUCCACGGACAUGGGUCCAAGGAGGAGUUAGAUCAGCUCGAGACCAGCCUUGCAAACGGGGAGCGCAUUAGUGCCCUCUUCUGUGAAUUCCCGAGCAACCCACAGCUUAAAUCCCCCGAUCUGCCUCGGCUGCGUGCUCUAGCAGACCAAUACAAAUUUGUGAUCGCUUGUGAUGAAACUAUCGGGACAUUUAUCAAUGUGGAUGUCUUGCCCUAUGUGGACAUUGUCAUGACCAGUCUAACGAAAAUAUUCAGUGGCGCUUCCGAUGUGAUGGGCGGAUCUGUCAUUGUCAACCCACAGUCGAUCUACUAUGACUACAUCUACGAUUCUAUAGCUUCGCUAUGGGAGGACACCUUUUUCCCAGCGGAUGUGGUCACCCUUGCCCAGAAUUGCAAAGAUGUCGUAUCCCGGGUCAAGAAAUGCAGCUACAGCGCCGAAGCAAUAGCUAAUCUCAUUAACAACCACCAUGCUGUGGAAAGGGUCAAUUAUCCCUCCCUCGUACCUACCAAGCACCUCUAUGAAAAUUGCAAGCGAGAAGAUGGGGGCUACGGCUUUCUCCUUAGCCUCAUCUUUCAUAAUCCUGAGGACGCUGCUACGUUCUACGAUAAUCUGCAUAUCGCCAAGGGGCCGAGUCUCGGGACAAACUUCACAAUAGCUAUACCGUACGCCAUUCUGUCACAUUUCAGGGAGUUAGCUUGGGCCGCUAGCUUUGAUGUACCGGAACAUAUUGUUAGAAUCAGUGUUGGGUUGGAGGAUACAGAAGAAUUGCUGCUGGCUGUGAGGUAUGCACUUGAAUGUGUGAGCUCGAAAUAG